AUGGACUUUCAAGACAUUCAGGACUUGGAAGCUGCGCGGAAGGCUGCCGUCGCCGAAGAUGCUGUCGAUAACAAUGACGAAGAUGUCUUUGAGGAGGGCGUCGGGCCAAAGGAGGCCAAGACGGCGCACCAUAUUCGCGCAAACAGCUCGAUCAUGCAUUUGAAGAAGCUGCUCGUGGCCAACAGAGGAGAAAUUCGACUAAUUAGCACACAGGCUCAUGAAUUGUCGCUACACACUGUUGCAGUCUUCAGUUAUGAGGAUCGACUUAGUAUGCACCGGCAAAAGGCCGAUGAGGCUUACGUCAUCGGAAAGCGAGGCCAAUAUACCCCGGUCGGAGCCUACCUUGCCGGUGACGAAAUUAUUAAAAUUGCCCUGGAACACGGUGCUCAAAUGAUACAUCCUGGAUAUGGUUUCCUAUCAGAAAAUGCUGAAUUUGCACGAAAUGUUGAGAAGGCCGGUCUUAUUUUUGUCGGCCCCUCUCCCACCGUUAUCGACUCUCUUGGUGACAAAGUUUCCGCCCGAAAACUCGCUAUCGCUGCAAAAGUCCCCGUCGUACCCGGAACUCCAGGCGCAGUAGCCACAUUUGAAGAGGUUAAAAGUUUUACCGAUGAAUAUGGUUUCCCUAUCAUUAUUAAGGCUGCCUACGGUGGUGGUGGCCGAGGGAUGAGAGUUGUACGCGACCAAGCAAGUCUCAAGGAGUCCUUCGACCGAGCCACGUCCGAGGCAAAGACGGCCUUCGGCAACGGUACAGUUUUCGUUGAACGCUUCCUAGACAAGCCUAAGCAUAUCGAAGUUCAACUUUUGGGCGACAACCACGGCAAUAUUGUGCAUCUCUACGAGCGUGAUUGCUCGGUUCAGCGGAGACACCAAAAAGUGGUUGAAAUCGCACCCGCCAAGGAUCUUCCCGCAGACACCCGAGAUGCUAUUUUGGCCGAUGCAGUUAAACUGGCCAAAUCCGUAAACUACCGAAAUGCGGGUACUGCAGAAUUCCUGGUUGACCAGCAAAACCGAUACUACUUUAUCGAGAUCAAUCCCCGUAUCCAGGUCGAGCAUACCAUUACCGAGGAAAUCACGGGUAUUGAUAUCGUUGCCGCCCAGAUCCAAAUUGCCGCGGGCGCUUCGCUACAGCAGCUCGGGUUAACUCAAGACCGAAUCUCAACGCGAGGUUUCGCGAUUCAAUGCCGAAUCACGACUGAAGACCCAUCCAAACAAUUCCAACCGGAUACCGGCAAGAUCGAAGUAUACAGAUCCGCUGGUGGCAAUGGUGUCCGUCUUGAUGGUGGAAAUGGUUUCGCCGGUGCGGUCAUCACUCCUUACUACGAUUCCAUGUUGGUCAAGUGCACAUGCCAUGGUUCAACCUACGAAAUUGCUCGCCGGAAGAUUCUCCGAGCUCUUAUCGAAUUCCGUAUCCGCGGAGUCAAGACGAACAUUCCGUUCCUUGCUUCGCUGCUGACUCACCCGACCUUCAUCGAUGGUAACUGCUGGACUACUUUCAUUGAUGACACUCCUCAAUUAUUCGAUCUUAUUGGUAGUCAGAACCGUGCCCAGAAACUACUAGCCUAUCUUGGAGACAUCGCUGUCAACGGAAGUAGCAUCAAGGGCCAGAUCGGCGAGCCCAAGUUCAAGGGUGAUGUUAUUAUCCCCGAACUUCUUGAUGCCAAUGGAUCUAAGAUUGAUGUCACACAGCCUAGCACGAAGGGUUGGAGGCAAAUCAUCCUUGAGCAAGGGCCGAAGGCAUUUGCUAAGGCUGUUCGCCAAUACAAGGGUACUCUGCUGAUGGACACGACCUGGCGUGAUGCCCACCAGUCUUUGCUGGCCACUCGUGUGCGGACGAUUGACCUCCUAGGAAUUGCUAAAGAGACAAGCCAUGCCUUAUCAAACCUAUACAGCUUAGAAUGCUGGGGAGGCGCUACUUUCGACGUCGCCAUGCGCUUCCUCUACGAAGACCCGUGGGAACGUCUUCGCAGGAUGCGAAAGGCUAUUCCCAACAUUCCAUUCCAAAUGCUUCUUCGAGGAGCGAAUGGUGUAGCCUAUGCUUCGCUUCCCGAUAAUGCUAUUGACCACUUUGUCGACCAAGCGAAGAAGAAUGGUGUCGACAUCUUCCGAGUUUUCGACGCAUUGAACGACAUCGACCAGCUCGAAGUCGGUAUCAAAGCCGUACAAAAGGCUGGUGGUGUCGCUGAAGGAACAGUGUGCUACAGCGGUGACAUGUUGAACCCUAAGAAGAAGUACAACCUUGAGUACUACUUGGACGUUGUUGACAAGCUCGUGGCAUUGGAUAUUGACGUCCUCGGUAUCAAGGAUAUGGCCGGUGUUUUGAAGCCUCGUGCUGCCACCCUUCUGAUCGGAUCUAUCCGAAAGAAGUACCCAGACCUUCCAAUCCACGUGCACACUCACGACUCCGCCGGUACUGGUGUCGCCUCCAUGGUCGCCUGUGCUCAAGCUGGUGCAGACGCGGUUGAUGCCGCCACAGACAGUCUUUCCGGAAUGACAUCGCAGCCCAGCAUCAACGCCAUCAUUGCAUCACUUGAAGGUACUGAGCACGACCCCGGCCUAAACCCCGCCCACGUCCGUGCUCUCGAUACCUAUUGGUCGCAGCUCCGCCUCCUGUACUCGCCCUUUGAAGCUCACCUUAUUGGCCCUGACCCUGAGGUCUAUGAGCAUGAGAUUCCUGGUGGUCAACUCACAAACAUGAUGUUCCAAGCUUCUCAACUCGGUCUCGGUUCCCAAUGGGCCGAAACUAAGAAGGCUUACGAACACGCCAAUGAUCUCCUAGGUGACAUCGUCAAGGUCACACCGACCUCCAAGGUUGUUGGUGACUUGGCUCAAUUCAUGGUUUCCAACAAGCUUUCUCCUCAGGAUGUUGUUGAUCGUGCUGGCGAGCUCGACUUCCCGGGCUCGGUACUCGAGUUCCUUGAGGGUAUGAUGGGUCAACCGUACGGUGGUUUCCCCGAGCCUCUACGUUCAAAGGCUCUCAGGAACCGUCGUAAGUUCGACAAGCGACCUGGUCUUUACCUCGACCCUGUCGACUUCAAGAAGACACGUUCCGAGCUAGUGCAAAAAUGGGGCCAGGUCACCGAAACUGACGUUGCAUCGUACCUCAUGUACCCCAAGGUGUUCGACGACUACAAGAAAUUUGUACAAAAGUUUGGUGAUCUAUCGGUAUUGCCGACCAAAUACUUCCUCUCUGCACCACAAAUCGGAGAAGAAUUCCACGUUGAACUAGAGAAGGGCAAGGUUCUAAUCUUGAAGCUAUUGGCCGUCGGACCCCUAUCCGAGAACACCGGUCAACGAGAAGUAUUCUAUGAAAUGAACGGUGAAGUGCGUCAAGUCACCGUUGACGACAAGAAAGCCAGUGUCGAGAAUGUCAGUCGGCCUAAGGCUGAUCCUGGCGAUUCUAGCCAGGUUGGCGCUCCGAUGGCUGGUGUUCUCGUUGAAUUGAGGGUCCACGAAGGUUCGGAGGUCAAGAAGGGCGACCCUCUAGCGGUGCUCAGUGCCAUGAAGAUGGAAAUGGUUAUAUCAGCUCCCCACAACGGUAAGGUAUCAGGUCUUCAAGUAAGGGAGGGUGAUUCGGUAGACGGAUCGGAUUUAGUGUGCAAAAUCACGAAGCCUUAAGCGCGAAUUGCUACUAUGUGAUGAUGCGCAGGGAUUCAAACAACGGAGUAUCGGAACAGGUUACCUGCGAGGUUCGAGCUGAAAUAUGCUCCAAAUAUGGGGAUAGAAUAUUCGGAUUGGUGCGGACUUCUUUUAACGUGUAUGCUUUUUAUCAUAGGUUCUCCAAGUGGCAAAAUACCUAGUUUUUAUAUUGAUAGGAACAUAUCUAGGCAUUGUGUUUUCCUUCCGUCAUUACUCCGUUCUGCCUCUCGCUAUGGAUAAUCCCAGGAAUUCUACAAUUAUGCAUCGAAAUCCACAUCAUCUAGCUUGAGUACAGGUAGUAGCGACAUAUGCAAUUUACUAGACCCGUAAGGCACGAAACGGGCCGCAAACGGCUUCCCCUUGGCCUUCACUUUAAAAGUACCCGGG